AUGGUUGCUCGCACGGAACGUUCACGAAGAGGGUCCCGCGCGACGGUGGCCAUCGUUGCGGCGAUGAGCUUUGCAGGCGCGCGCGCUGCGCCGACCAGCAUUGGUAGCGAAGGUUUCACCGUGCCGCCGUUCAAAUGCUUCGGCACGUCCGCAGUGCUUAAAUACGAUAUGACUGUCGUGGCGAGUGAUCUCUCUGGGAUCACGUGGAAUCCCGAGACUGAGACGCUCUUCGCCGUGAACAACGGUGACCGCAUCAUCUACGAGCUCACGUACCCGAACACGCUCGUGAAGUCGUACGACGUGGCGACAACCUCGGCUGAUCUCGAAGGUAUCUCUGCCAUGGGCACUCGUAAGUUUGCGUUUACGACGGAAAAUCCCGCCACGGUUUACACCGCGACGCUCAACGCGGACGGUACCGUGACGAACAACGUCACCAUUAAAGCGGGCCUCCCGUCCGGUUCCGCGGCAGGCAACAACCUCGGUUUCGAGGGCGUCGUGUACAUGCCGGGUGAUAAGUUUUACACCGUUCAAGAAGCGAACCCGUCGAAGAUUUGGUCGCACCCAUUAACCGCAGGUGGGGAUUACACCGCCUUGACUGGCGACUUGAAACUGGCGUUUCCGCAAAUUGCGUCCGUCGGCGGUAUGACACGCGGUGGCGACGCGACGGAUGAACUAUUCCUCGUCGUGAAGAACUACAACGCCACCGGUCGUGGUGGAGAAGUAUACAAUGGACAGAAGAGUAUUUGGCGUUACAACAUCACGUCGGGUACUUUCACCGAGCGCUUUGGCGGCGAAGUGUGCACCAUGGGACAACCCGAAGGUCUUACGUUUUGGAAGAACGCGACGUCGGGAAAAAUCAUGAUGCUCGUCGUCGGCGAAACCAACGAGGCGCGCGUGUACCAAGCGGAUCCGACGUGCACCGACGCGCUCAACACGACGAGCGAACUCAUGUCCACGUGCGCGAAGGUUAAAGUUUCAGAAUCGAACUGCGAACGGACGAAGGCUGAAGGCGGAUGUCCGUGGACGCGAUGCGACAAGGACUUGACCACGCACACGAAAAUCUGCACCGACGACACUCCAGGCGUCACCGACUGCACGGAAGCUGAGUGCAUGCAAAAGUGUAACAGCAGUGCGUUCUCCGGUUCCAACGUUGGCCAAACGUGCACGCACUGGGCGUACGAUGUAGCUGAAAAAGAGUGCUACAUCUUUGCGGGCUGUACCAACGCCAAGUUCGAUUUGGACUACACCACGUACACCAUGCAAGACAAAACGUGCGAGCGAACCAUCGAAGACUACCCGCUCGGCUGCGAGCAACGACGAUGCGACAAGGAUAUCUCGACGCACAACAAAAUCUGCACGGAUGACACUCCAGGCACGACUGAUUGUACCCUCGCCGAAUGCAAAGCCAAGUGCCAACAGCACACGGACUUUACGUGUACGACGUAUGCAUAUGACGUCGCUGAGAAAGAGUGCUACCUUUUCGAAACUUGUGAAAAUGAGAAGCACGACGAUGAUUACAGCACGUACGUUCUCAUCGAUCCGACGUGCGGAAAGAACAAGACAGCCGGCGGUUGCAACCAACGUCGCUGCGAUAAGGAUCUCACCACUCACGAAAAGGUAUGCGUGGACGACACUCCAGCGCAACAAUGCUCCGAAGCGAUGUGCGAAUACAAGUGCGCCAACCACACGUUCACGAGCAUCAACUCCGAGGCGUACUGCACCCACUGGGCGUACGACGUCGCCGAUAAAGAGUGCUACGUCUUUUAUGGUUGCACCGGUGAAAAGUACGACGACGACUACACGCUCUACACGCAGAGCUACGGCGAACGUCUCGCUCUCCGCGCGGCGGGCGCUCCGACCCCGCCGCCGCCGCCCGCGACCCCGCCCAAGUCCGCGGCCGGUCUCCAUCGUCUCUUCGUGACCGCGUUCAUCGCUCUCGCCGCCUUGCUGGUGGCGUAA